UGUUUGUCACGUGACCUAACGCUGGCCUGUCAUUGGUCAACGGCUACUACGUGUUUAUUUCCGGAAGUUUGUUGUCGGACUUUCCAGACUAACAAACAUCAAAUCUGCAGCGCCCGCCAACAGUUAACCAGGUGUGUCCAAAUCCACGCCAUGGCGCAUUGGUUUCAUAGAAACCCGCUGAAGGCGACAGCUCCGGUGUCCUUUAAUUUCUACGGAGUGGCCGGAAGUCCCGCUGCCAACAAGAUCUGCAAUGACCUGAGGACAACCCGAGCGAGGCUGCUGGACGUGUUCACCGAUGUCACCUGCAGUCCAGAGAUCAUGAAGAACGCUACGGAUGCUUACUUUUCUCUGCUGCAAUGCUUCAUCUCCUCGCUGGAUGGAACCACACAGGAGAACAAGAUGAGGUUCAUCCAGAACUUUAAAUGGACUGACACUUUACAGGGAAACGUACCGAGUGCCCAGCAGGACGCGCUGUUUGAGCUGGCCUCCAUGGCCUUUAACGUUGCCCUCUGGAACACCAAGUUUGCCUCGAGACUCGCUGGGAAGGAAAACAUAACAGAGGCUGAAGCCAAAGAUGUUCACAGGAGCUUGAAGGUUGCUGCUGGAAUAUUCAAAGCUCUCAAGGAGGUCCACGUUCCUCGCCUCAUCACUCCGGCUGAAAAGGGCCGAGACCUGGAGCCCCGAGUGAUGGACGCCUACAUCAUCCAGUGUCAGGCUGAGGCUCAAGAAGUGACGAUUGCCAGAGCCAUCGAACUGAAGCACAACGCCUCACUGAUCGCAGCUCUGGCGUUUGAGACGGCAAACUUCUAUCUAAGAGCCGACCACACACUGAACACUCUGGAGCCGGAGUGCAGCAGCAAGUGGAGGAAGUACCUCCAGCUGAAGCAGCACUUCUACAUGGCUUAUGCGUACUGCUACCAUGGACAGACGCUGCUGUCCAGUGAUAAGUGUGGAGAGGCUAUAAGGUCCCUGCAGGAAGCCGAGAAGUGUUACUCCCGUGCCGAGGCGCUGUGUAAAGACUAUCGUCAGACCAAAGGCCCGGGCUCCACGGCCAAACCGUCGGAGCAGCUGUUCUUCCUCAAGCUGGGCGGCCUGAUCAAAAACACCCUGGAGAAGUGCCAGCGAGAGAACGGCUUCAUAUACUUCCAUAAGGUCCCGGCUGAGGCGCCCCAGCUGGAGCUGAAGGCCAGUUAUGGUCUGGCUGAACCAGUCCCCUUCGAGCUGCCGCCCCUCAGUCAGCAGUGCACCGCUGAAGUCUACGCCACCUUUGAUCUGACCAAGGGAGCCAGAAACGACAAGGCCAAACCCAAGGAGGAGGAGGUGAAGCCGGUGAAGGAACCAGACCUGAAGCCUCAGCAGGACACGGGCUGCAUCCUCUCCUAAACCUUCUGCUCUUCAUCUCUUCAGCCUCACGCUCACCAGUUAUAGUAACACGGUCUGGUUCUCUUUAUAGGAGACGCCUUUGUUUCAGCAUCAGUUUGUAUUUUUUACUGUCAUGCUGGAGCGUUAUGUUUAGACACGGUCCCUUAUUACAUCUACAAGUGCGUCCCACGGACGGUCAUCUGCGUCGGAAACACAAGACUCUCCUCUAGUUUGUGAAAACACAGACCGGGAAGGUGGAAGGUUUCAAAGUGCAAAAACGACCAACCUUGUUUUUCCUCUCUCUUAAACAUUUCGGGUCUGAAAGCUGCAUUUCCUGUUAAACAGAAACAUGGCUGCACGCGCUCCAACCACACAUUUGAUUAUUUUGUCACCUGAUGUCUGAAUUGUGAGAGGUGAACUCAAACACUCAAAUAAAAGAUUGAUGGUUCUGUCAGAAUCCAGCCAGUAAUGACGCGCCACUUUAAACCAGGAUGGGGCGUGAGGCUUAUGGGUAAUGUAGUUGAAGCGCUUGUCUGAGUUUGGACCUCUCUGCCCCGAUACAUGACUCAUAAACUGAACACAUGCUGGAUGUUGACACCAAAAAAAUUCUUAUCUCCCAAAUCAUCUACAAGAUGCGCUUUUAUUUUGAAAAGUUACAGCACAUUAGAUUCGAUGAGAACAAUCCAGCAGAAGAAAGUUUGUUCAUUCAGCUUCUGGCUAAAAGAGAUUAUUUGUGUCUAAACCUGAACAACCCACUGAGGAUAAUCUGGGAUGUGCGUCCAUGACGGCAGACGCUAGACGGCGUGAUUAUUGCUGGUGAGUUUGUCGUAGCUGUUGCCGUUUACAGUCACUCUGAUCACGUAUAUGUGCUGUAGUUGUUUUCCAGGUUCUAUGACUUUUUUCUACUUUCAUGUUGGAUUUUGCUCAUGCUUGUGUUGUUGGGAAUAUUUAUUUCUGUUCUGUAAUAUUAUUCGACACGAGCUGUCGAACUCAACUCCACUUUUUCUGGGGUUGACUGUGAUGUUUUUGCCUGGCUGGUCUCUGAUAGGGCCAGGGCGCCCUUAAAAGAUGCACACAUGAUGUUGCCCAGCUCCCUGGACAUUAAACGACAAACUCCAUAAACAGAAGCUUAGCUACUAAACUCAAAUUCAUGAUAUAUCACUCACAAACUGUACAAGCAGGAAUCUGGAGGUUUAUUCUCAAAGGGCACCAUCUGGGAGGGGGGGGGGUCGCACCUUUAAGCCUGCCUCCCUGUUUCAUGCUUGCAGCUGGAAGGUAUGCCUCUCGUUCGGGAACACGCCCCUCUAGCCAGCUAAAAGAACUAAAACACGUCAUCCAAGUAUUGUCCAAGCUCUUCAUUCAUGUCCACACAUAUUUUAAAGACUUGUCCAGAAAUGCCACCAGCUCUGCAUGAGUCCAGGUACUUCAGCGCUCCGUGCAUGGAGCUCUACGGGAUGGAGAGUGGGAUUAGCCCAAAGACAUUUUUCCUGAUGUGUAGUCUUCAUCAGGGGUACUGGUCCGAUACAUCAGGCGUACUGGUCCGAUACAUCAGGCGUACUGGUCCGAUACAUCAGGCGUACUGGUCCGAUACAUCAGGGGUACUGGUCCGAGGCCACUUAACAAAACGACCUUGAAGUUGAUGCACACCGGCGCCGUUCCUACCUCUCCUGCUUGACGGUCGGACCAGGGAGGGGGUGCGCGUGGUUCAGGGGCCAAGGCCCGCGGGCCGCCUGUUUCGUACAGCUGGCCUACUUUAUAUUGCAGUGCAGGGUAAGUCUUAUCACUUUUACGAAUUUCCAAAAAAUCCAGUCUGAAUCCUUAAAGGGGAAAAUUCCAGAUGGCUGCUUUCAACGGGGUUCCCAGUUUUGUUUAAAGAGUCCAGUCCUUGUUUUUCUUCAACAUAAAUCCAGAUUCUAUCUAAAAACAAUCCACCCUCCACCUGAAGUUCCAGCACCUACAACGCCACUCCUAUUUACCCCACCAUCUUCCUCCAUGCAUCAAUCUUUCCACUUCCUGUCCAUAUAACAAAUCAAACCGCUCCCCCUACUCUCUUCCUUGUUACCAUCACCUUUGUCUUUUUCACAGAAAACCAGACACCCCGCUCAAUUGCCCCCUUUUCUACCUGCCCUAUGGCACCCUCCACCAACCCCCGUGAUGAACUUCAUAUUUGUGUCCCUCAUCCACACUGGCCCAUCCUCCAGUGGGGUGUACUAACUGGAAACCACUGGCUGGACCAUGCCCACGUGGGAGCAUGUAUUCUUGAAAAUGUUCAACAUGGUGAUGAGUAGGGCUGAACGAGUUUAGGAAAAGAUUGAAAUUGCGAUUUUUUUAGCAGAAAUUGUGAUUUCAGUUCUAUUCACGAUUUUCUCCAAACAAAGGUAUAACAGUAGCCUGCCAAGCCAUCCUCUAUAUUAAGUGAAAACAUGGUCUAGACCAGGGUUUCUCAACGGGGGCUGUAGCGCCCCCUAGUGGGCAUUCAGACUAUAUAAGGGGGCGGUGAAAGUUUUUUGCCUCUGAAGGGGGCGCUGAGAUGCUAAUGGUGGGCGCUAGCGAUACAGGACAUUUAUAACAGACAAUGGCUCAGAAUAAAAAGAAGUGCUGACAGUACAAUGUGGACUACCUUCGGUAUGGAUUUAGUCCUUCACCCACGAAUCCACAACUCCCCAUGUGCCUGCUUUGUGAACAAGUUUUUUGAAACAAAGCAAUGAAACCCUCCCGGCUUAAGGAGCACUUGUCCAAAAUGCAUCCAGACAAAGCUUCAAAGGAACUGAACUAUUUUCAGGUAUUUAAAGAGAGACACUCGAAGAGAGGUAGCAUUAGCAGUAUGUUUGCUCGAAGCUCAAAUUUACUGGACCGAGGAUUAUAGCUUCCUAAGAUGUCUUGUUGCUAAUAGCUAAAAACACUUUUUUAUGAUACUUUUUUAAUGACAUAUUUGUAUGAAACUGUUUCAACUCGAGGCUGAAUUGUUUAUUUAUUUAUUUUUUUAAAUUAUUAUUUUUGUAUCAAAAAACUUUCCGUUUCUCUGCGUGGGACAUUGGUGGGCAGUAAGGGAUUUCAGCAUGACUUGGGGGGCGUUUAGCUGAAAAAGGUUGAGAAACCCUGGUCUAGACUCUAAUCUAGUAAAACCAAUUAUUCACGUUAAUAUUUACUCUCAUACAGUAAAAUCAGUUAAAGCUAUUAAUAUUUUCCCAUUAUUAUAUUUAUAUCUUUUUUUUUACUUUUUAAUGUGCUUGUGAAGCAACUUGUGAUUUUUAUCUAGAGAGGUGCUUUAUAAAAAACAGGUUCUUGUUCUACUCCAAACAUGCAAGAAGUAAAUCUGAAGGUAGAAACAGCUUUCAAAUGUAUUCAAUAAACAAUGCUCACCGUUUUCCCUGCACUACCAAGGCAGGCUGGCUGCACGUUUUUCCUCACUAAACUGCUAUAAAACCUAGCUUAUGCUGCGGGCAGCUCCGUGAGACAGACAUGCAUCGAAAGAGACACUCUGACUCGUUGGCUUGUUUGAACUAACGUGUGCCAUCAUAAAAAUUCAAACCAUUUUAAAAGAAGUUCAACUUUCAAGUCAACUAAAGUGCGCAAAGCAUAAACCAAGCUUUAAAAAUCAGCUUGAACGUGCUCCGAUGUGGGAGGAGUCUCUGUCCUGUGCUCACCUACGGUGCCAUUAUUAUCAGCUCUAGCAGCGCUGUGUGUGGGAAAAUAACCUAAAGGUGCAGCUCUGUCCGCUCUGGGCGGUACACCCCUCCCCCACGCUGGCUGUUCGGCUGCCAUAACACACUGGGGGGAAGCCCUGGAUGUAAAAAAAGUUGACACAACAGAUCCUGGAUCAGUCAAAACCACUAAAAAACAGCAGCUUUGACUGUCACAUGAUCAUGCUGUUUGAAAUCAAAACCAAUAGAUCGUUCAGCCCUAGUGAGGCCAAGUGGGCCUUCACAACACGUGUACCGUAUGUUGGUUUUGACCUUUAACACAACCAACACAAUUACUUCUGUUUGUCUCCGAAAGUCGUCCAGGCCAUCCUUAAAAAUCAGUUUCAGCCAUCUGCUGCUGGAUCUUACCCACAUGUAUAUUUGAUUACCUAAAAAGUAGUACAAGCACAUUAUAACACUUUAUUCAACAUUAUUCAUAUUUAUAGCUGGUUUAGUUAACUGACUUGUAGUUUUCAAGCACUGAAGAACUGAUUUCCAUCUAUUGCUGCAGUGUAAAUUCACUUCUUCCACCUCUGGUGAUGUCCAUCAUGUAAAAUGUAACUCAUCAAUGGUAUUAAAUCAUCCGGAAAAGCCA